AUGUUUAGCCUCACACUGACGGCGGAGUUGGCGGGGGUGACAAAUCUGCGGCCGGCAGACACGGAGGACAUGCCGUUCUGGUACACAUUCAAGGUCCAGUGCACGUCCUGCCGCGAGACGCAUGCCAACUGGGUCGGCGUGAGCCGUUUUGAACAAAAUGAAAUGAGUGGUAGCCGUGGCGAGGCCAACUUUGUUUGGAAGUGCAAGAACUGCAAGAGAGAAUCAACGGCCUCUAUCAAGGCUGGUGCCAAGCCCUACGAGCAGGCUGAGCCGGCCAAGCCGCAGAACAUUCUCGAGUUUGACUGCCGCGGCCUCGAGUUUGUCGAGUUCAAGCCGGAGGGCGACUGGCUGGCCGAGGGUGUCGACUCCAGCACAAAAUUUGCCGGCAUCGACCUGACGGACGACUGGUUCGACUACGACGAGAAAGCCGGCGAGGAGGUCAGCAUCCAGGGUAUGAAGUGGGAGAUUCAGCGGGCGUAG